AUCCCAUUUUUGUGGUGAUCGUAUGAGGGACACCUCAAUGUGGGUAGCAUAAGUGUAACAUAAAUGAAGUUAUGCUCUUGAGAGGAGUGACGUCAUUUCUUGUUUUUUUAUUCCUUCUCUAAGUCGAGACUUUCUCACUUUUUCCUUAUAAAAUAAAAGUAGAAUUGCCUUUUAUUUCUACCCUAUCGUUUUCUCACAUCAUUUCAUCAUGGAGGAUAUUUUUCAUUGGUGCAGAGAAGGAAAUUCCAUUCAGGUGCGUCUCUGGCUGGACGACACUGAGCAUGAUAUGAAUCAAGGGGACGAUCAUGGUUUUAGUCCACUCCAUUGGUGUGCCAAAGAGGGACAUGCGAAGCUCGUUGAGAUGCUCCUUCAGCGUGGGGCACGGGUUAAUGCAACAAAUAUGGGUGAUGAUAUCCCCCUACAUCUGGCUGCAGCACACGGGCAUCUGGAUAUUGUAAUGAUGCUCCUUCGUCACAAAUCCGAUGUGAAUGCCACAAAUGAGCAUGGAAACACCCCACUACACUAUGCUGCCUUCUGGGGCUAUGCUGCCAUUGCGGAGGAGCUCGUGAAUCACGGUGGAUUGGUGUCGUUGGCCAACAAAGACGGUGACACCCCACUUGAUAAGGCUAAGGCACAGCAUGCAAAGCGUCUGCACGAUUUGGCCGUCGAGAGUGGUCAGGAAUUGCGGAAGAUCAGCUUCAAAGAUCAAAGCUGGUUGGGGCUGAAGACAAGAUCACGCGAUGCCACUCUGUCGCGAUACAAAGGGAUUAAUAUUCGUGAUUUGGAAUUGCACACGAAGCUCGCAAUCCCAGCUUCUGGGGAAACAUGGCGUGGACGUUGGCAGAAGAAUGAUAUUGUGGCCAAGAUACUCAACAUCCGCGAGUGCAAUGCACGAACAUCGCGGGAUUUCAAUGAAGAAUUCCCCAAAUUGAGGAUUUUCUCACAUCCAAACAUCCUCCCUGUUAUUGGGGCAUGCAAUUCACCGCCAAAUUUGAUUGUCAUUAGUCAGUACAUGCCUCGAGGAUCACUGUAUGAUCUCCUUCAUGGAGCUGUGGGUGUUGUCGUCGAUACAGCUCAAGCUGUUCGAUUUGCCCUUGACAUUGCACGUGGAAUGGCGUACCUUCACUCCUUGGAACGCAUCAUCCCGGAAUAUCAUCUCAACAGCUAUCACGUGAUGAUCGACGAGGAUCUCACGGCACGCAUAAACAUGGGAGAUGCAAAAUUCUCCUUCCAGGAACGUGGACGUCUCUACAAGCCAGCCUGGAUGUCCCCAGAGGCAUUGCAGAAGAAACGAUCAGAUCGCAAUUGGGAAGCAUGCGAUAUGUGGAGUUUUGCUAUUUGCGUGUGGGAGCUGGCAACACGUGAAAUUCCCUUUGCUGACCUCUCACCCAUGGAGUGUGGCAUGCGGAUUGCCACGGAAGGAUUACGCGUACAAAUACCCCCAGGUACUUCACCCUAUUUGGCCAAACUCAUUCGCAUCUGUAUGAAUGAGGAUCCCGGUAAGAGGCCUAAAUUCGACAUGGUCGUCCCAAUUCUCGAUAAAAUGAAGCGCUAAGUCACACAUUGAGAGUCUCCCGAAUUUUACAAAAAAAAAACUUAUUAUUAUAUCCUGUUCGAAAGACUAACUUCCCACGCGGGUGCCCCGAUUAUUUUUUUUGUAAUUCUCAAUGUUCUCUAAAACGUGAUAAUUCAUCAAAGUGUCUUCUAUAUAAUAUAUAUUUUUUUAACUAAUUAAUUCCCCAUUCUUCAUUAACUCGAAUUCUUAAUAAAACAAAGUGUUCUUAAAAUGCAAGGUGUAAAUUAAAGAACUGUGUGACUUGGCCUUAAUUCUCUUAAACUUGAGGAGUAUUUUUACGUUUCAUUUUACUGCUCCGGAAGAAAUCGUGGAUCAAUUAUCAGAUUAUAAAGCGUAAAAAAUCUAUUAUAGUUUUUCUACGUGAAGUGUAAUAAAUUCCUAGUGUUGUCGAGAAAUAAUUUACCCGGCUGGACCAUAUGUUUGUGCCAUAUUUUAUUGCUUAUUCGCACAAAUUUUUAAUCAAAGAAGACAAAUUUCAAUCAAAAUGAUUUUGAGAACACUGAAUUUACUGAAUAACACAUUCAGCAAUUUUAUUUAAUUGAUUAUGUGUGUAGAAAAAUAGCAUAAAAAUUAUUUUUACAUAAAUUAAACAGAUUCGUUUAAAGACGGAGUUUUAAAAGUUUUUUAAUCUUAAUUUGGCUUUUUAUUCUAUAAAAAUACAUUUGACGUAGUUUGAUGUAGAAAUUGAGUCAGUUGCUAAAAAUUACUGAAUCGUGCCAGCCGGGUCAUUUUAUAAAAAUUUGAAAUAAGUAAUUAAUGACAGCAUAAUGUGUCCAGGGACCUUAUAUAUAUUAAAAAAAAUCUUUAAUCGUUGACAUUAUUCUUUAAAAAUAAAUAAUAAUUAUAAAACUUAAUUAAUUAAUUAAUUAAAUCGUGUAAGAUUUAAAUUUUUAACGUUUGUGCCUUCAAUUAACAAUUUCUCAUACUUUUAAAAUCCCCGAAGAAUAUAAGAAGCAAAUAUUAAGCAAAAAACGCACAAAACUAAAGCCAUGCAUGGACAAGACUUAAAAAAAGAUGAGUUAAAUAGAAAAAAAAAUAUAAAUAUUUUGAGAAGCGUCAAUCAAUUGGAUGGAAUUUUAAUAAGCGCACUUGGAAAUAUCACUGCGUUGUAUUUUAUUUUAUUCUUUCUUCUUGCACGACAAGCAAAAAAAAAAGAAUUAAGAGAGACACACAUAAAAAAAAAGAAUAAGAAUCCAACACUUCCCUAGAAAAUCAUCUUGUCCACAAUUUCUUCCGUACACAGUUAAGUGAGAGUUUUCUUCAUGUAUUGAUGAACGUAGUGUUUACAGAGAAUCAAAAUAAUAAUAUUGUUUUAAUAAAAAGAAAAUGAAAAGAAAAAAAUCAUUAACAGAAA